AUGUCGUCCGCUGGAGUUCCUCUCCCCCGUCCCCGUCCCCGUCCGCGUCCGCUUCCGCGUCCCCUGCCCCUGCAGGCCGGUUCGACUGAGAUCAGCCCCCAGCCCAUCGCUCGCAAGAGAUCUCUCGAGGAGGACGACGAUGACGACGUUCCGGAGCCCGUUUCGAAGCGCUGCAGGGAGGAUUCUCAAGAUCCUACCGAGGAUGAUGAUGUUGCGGUGGCUCUCCGUCAUGUUGUGAACGGUCUUGGUUUUGACCCCAAGGACACCCCGUACGUCGACUGGAAGAACCGCGAGGUCGGCCGCUGCCUGGCAGACUACCAGCCAGCGUCAAUCCCUAACCCUGACCCCAGCAAGCCCUUCCGCACGGACGCUUUCGCUGUGCUCCCUGUCGAGUGCACCGAUGAGAGCACUGGCAGAGUCAUCCCUGGCACAGAUGUUCUCAAGGCCGUCGCCAUCCCUCCGGAGGACUGCAACGCGGUCCAUACCUUCAUCAUGACCGCCGCAGGCAUCCCCGGCAGAGGGGCCAACAGCCAGGACCCGGUCAUCCGGAGUCUCCGCGUGCAGGUGGAGACCGAGAAGAAGAUGAAGGAGGAGUUCAAGCGCAAGCUUGAGGUCAAGCAGAAGCGGGUCGCCGCCACGAGCCUCCUCAACUUUGCCAGGACCAAGGCGAUGGGCGCUUCCGCCCAGGACCGCAUCAAGGAGCUCGAGGGUCAGCUCUAUGACCGGGAUAACGAGCUCCAAGCCGCUCGCGAGUUAGCUGAGAGUAUCAAGGAUGACUAUGAAGCGAAGAACAAGGAGCUCCACGCCGCUCGCCAGUCAGCCGAGAGCCUGAAGGAUGACUGUGAAAAGAAGGACAAGAAGAUCCAGCUCCUCGAAGAUCAGCUCAAGAAGACCCGUCCUAAGGACAAAAUCUGGAAGAAGAACAUGGAGUUGCAAGCUGCCGAGGACGAGAUCAACACGCUGAAAAAAGACAACAGCGACUUGGCCAAGGCGAUGGAUGAACAGAAAGCCCGCGUCCAAGCCAUUACAAAGUCUCUCGCCGAAGCCACCGAUAUGGUGGAGCAUCUGAGCCGGCAGCACGAGGAGGGAGCGAAGUGGUACAACAAAGCCAUCGCAUGCGAGGAGAACAUGAAAGAGACCCAACACCGGUGCGAGACAGUGAUGAAGGUGGCCCACGACCUCCGCUACGAGCUUCGAGACAAGACCUACACGUGCGCCGCUCUCCAAGCGCAGCUGGACGAAAACCCGUCAAACGACACGGUCUCCAAGUUGGAGGCCGAGAUUGCGCAAUACCAGCAGCACAUCAACGGUAUGUGUGCAGAGAACACCAAGUUGAACGAGGAAGUCACUCGCCUGAACGACUUGGCAGCUCGGCAAGACACAGAGGGGCGUAGCCUUCUGGCGCAGCUGAGCGCAUGCAAUGCCGAGCUCGAGCAGGCCAAGAACGUGAUGGCCUCUCGAUUUUCUGAGAAGGAAUCCGAGAUGGGAACGCUGCGAGCCGAGACGGCCGUACAUACCCAGACUCUGGAGAACGCGAAGGAGGAGCUGGCGAAUAUCAAGCUGGCUUACGAGAACCAGACCGCAGAGCUGGGAACGCUGCGCGCCGAGACGGCCGCACAUACCCAGACUCUCGAGAACGUGAAGGAGCAGCUGGCCAAUGCCACGCUGGCUUACGAGAACCAGACGGCUGAGCUGGGAACGCUGCGCGCCAAGAUGGCCGUACAUACCCAGUCUCACACCAAGACCGAUGAGGAGCUCCACGUCAUCAUCAAACAAGCUCAUGAGGAGCAGGCGAAGGAGCUCACCAUCUACAAGCGCGCUCUGGAUAUGGCGACCAAUGCCUACGAGGAGGCAGCGUCCGAGCUGAAGGAGACGAAGACCAAGCUGAAGCAGGCCAACAAAGAGGCCAUGGCUGCUGAUAGCAAGGUCCAGGCCAAAGUUGAGCAGCUCCGCAAGGAGAACGCUGAGAUUGCCGCACAGCUCAAGGACCUCGAGGCUCUCGGCACUGAGCCCAAACGCAUUGCGCAAGAGUUCGAGCAAUGGAGAGAGGCCGCAACAGCAGAGUACAAGGCUCUCGACAAGAAGUACAGCCAGGGCAUCACGAUGUGGAACGGGCUCGUCACAAGGUACGAAAAACUGGCGCAGAAGUACGACGAGCACCGCGAUAAAUACGAGCUCUUCAAAGGUCUUGCGCACGAGGACAUCGAUCGCCUCGAAGAACAGCUCAAGCGAAAGAACGAGGAGCUCGAGAAGUGCCGCAAGCAUCUGGUCGAGAACAAAGACCUCGAUGCCGGAACCGGCAAAUGCCAUUGUGUGGGUACCAAUCCCUCCUUUGUCUCGAUGGUGCAGCCCAACCAUGGCGCCCCCAAGAACGCCUCCAUUCCCUCGUCCGAGUCCGAGGACAAAGACAAGGAUCGAAGCCGAGUCCAGCUGCUCGAGAAAGAGCACCUGCGCUCAGAGAGGGCCGUGUGGACCUCGGCGACGAUGCUUAGCGAGGCCUUAAAUAGGUCCAUCGCCCAAGACAAGAUGAUCGAGCUGCAGAACCACAAGCUCGCCGAACAGACCCGCGAGACUGAACAGUGGAAAACUCGCGCACAUUACCUGGGCUACCAGGAGCGAGAUCUUCCCGAGAUACUGAGCGAGACACCCACCAACACUACCGUUGAGUGGGCCCGACAGGCACAUAACGAGAAGUUCGCCGCUCGCCAAGCUGUUCUCACUCGACCCCUUUUCGCAGCACCUCCCACCCCUCCAACCACCCCGAGCCCGGGCCCCCAGCUGCCAAGCCCAACUCCAAUCCCGGAGUUGCUCCCGAUACCCUACAUCCCGAGUCCGAAAUUGGACCGUAAAGAGUUCACAGCCGCGCUGGACGAACUCGCCAACCACGCCGCCGACAAGAACACCAACCCGUUCUUCGACGUCCGGGAGUACGUGCUCCGGACCACAGAGGGCGACUUCCCCAUCCGCCUGCGAGACACCACAGAGUGCCGCAUACUGUGCAACAACAUCGAGGCGUACCUGCAGGACAAGGAGAAGCGCUGCGCCCACGAGCUCGAGACGCAGCUCCACCUCGCGGCCCCCUGCCACUUUUAG